GGAUCGAUAGUUUAGGACCCACUCCGCAAACUGAAAAUGGUUCAGGAAGGUGUUUUGCAAUUAACCCCAAAAUUUAUACUGUGAGUGCAAGAUCGCAGCUUAAGCAUUGGCCGCAUGCGUGUGGAACUUUCUUUUGCAGUUUCUCCUUUCCACAGUUCCACUUUAGCUACGGUUGUGGCACUUGGCAGAUCUGAGGAUCAAGGAAAAGAGCAGUAUCCUCAACCCCUUUUCUUUGGAGUUCCAUAAACAUCAUAAAUGCCAGUAUCAGUUCAACUUCACCAGUAGUAGCAAUGGCAAUCUUAACUGAAGAACCAGACCCACCAAAACCCUCAACCCAAACAACCCCUAAGCCUUUAUCCAAAUCCAAAGCCAAAACCACCACUUCAUCACCACCAUCCUCCUCCUCCUCCACCAACUACACCAACCCUUAUCAAUUUUGGUUCUACUUCACCCUCACAGUCUCUCUAGUUACCCUUUUCUUCAUUUCUCUGCCCUCCUUCUCUACUCAGGACCCCAAGACAUGGUUCCUCAACCUGCCCCCAAAUCUGCGCCAGCACUAUUCUAAAGGUAGGAUUUUUAAGGUACAACUCACCCCAAAUCACCCCCAAGUUGAAGCCUUUUCAAUUCAAGAUGGGCCCUUUAGUUCUGAUCAUCGAGUACUGAUUGUACAUGGGUUUGGUUGCAGCUCUUUUGCUUUUCAGGGGAUUGUUAAAUCUUUAGGCCUUAAAGGGGUUCAUGCUAUUGCUAUAGAUUUACCUGGUUCCGGGUUCUCGGAUAAGUCCGUGGUUGUGGUGGAAGAGAAUGUUGGGGGUAGUGGUGGGGUUUUAGGGGGGUUUUGGGAAGUUUAUGGUCAGAUUAAAGAAAAGGGUCUAUUCUGGGGGUUUGAUCAGCUGAUUGAAAAGGGGUAUGUGGAUUAUGAGGAGAAUGAUAUUCGGGUUUCGAAAAGGGUGGUUGUAAAGGCUAUUGAAUUAGGUGAUGAAGAGAUGGGGAGGGUCUUGAGUCAGGUUAUUGAUGCAAUGGGAUUGGCACCUGUGGACUUAUUUUUGCAUGAUUCUGCAUUAGGCUUGAGUGCUAAUUGGAUAUUGGAAAAUGCGCGGUUGGUUAGGAGUGUUACUUUGCUUGACAGUGUACCAAGUAGAACAGCAUUGCCUUCUUGGGCAUUGGAAUUGCCAGUGGUGAGAGAGGCGGUUUUGGGGGUUGGAUUGGUGUUUCAGAGCGUUCUUGGAAAGUAUUGUUUGAAAUCUGUUGGCAAAGCGGAGGCUGAGGCUCAUAGGAUUCUUUUGAAGGGAAGGAAUGGAAGGAGGUCAGCGGUUGGGAUGGUUAAGAGGGUAAAUCAUAGUUUGGACUUGUCUGAAUGGAGUGGUUUGAAUGAGGUGAAAGACUUGCCAAUGCGAGUGAUUUGGUCUAGUGGUUCUUCCAAAGAAUGGAGUGAGGAGGGCAGUCGGGUUGCCGAUGCCCUUUCUCAGGCUACAUUUGUCUCCCAUUCUGGUGGAGCAUGGCCACAGGAGCAUGUUUCUGAGGAGAUAGCUGAAAGUAUUUAUGAAUUCAUUUCUGCAUUACCAAAGUCCACUAGGCAAUCUGAGGAAGAGCCAAUACCAGAGCACAUUCAGAUGAUGCUUGAUGAUGCAAAAAGCAAUGACCACCAUAACCAUCACCAUCACCAUGGGCAUGAUGGUCAUGAUCAUGGUCAUGGACAUGCUCAUGCUGGAUAUUCGGAUGCAUAUGGGCUUGGUCAUGGGUGGGCCGUGUAAUCUGUUUUGUUGUCCUAUGACGCAAUGGAAGUUAAAUAAGCUCGCCUUUUGAAGGCUCAGAUUAGAUCCACGCCAGAUUCCAUUUAUGCUUUUUAACAGUUGAUUCCUAGUGUCUUUCGAGUGUCUAGCUAACUUUGCUAACUAUCGUGGAACGUUUCUCUGCUGGAGGAUAAUUUUCUGCAGAUUGUCAACCUGUGGUGGCUAACUAUUCUGACUGCUGUGGAGCUUUUUUCUCUUCUGGAGGAUAAUUUUCUGCAGAUUGUCAACUGAGGUAGGAUUCUAUGCCCUGAAUAGAGAAAAUUUGAAAGAGGGCUUGUUAAAAGGAGAGUAUUUCAGUUGUAAUGUCUGCGGUGUUCCUUUUCCUGCAGUAUGUAUUGAUUUUGCUUUGGUUUGAGAUGAUGAUGCUAAGCUUGAUGCCAAUAUCACUUUCUUGAUUUA